UAGGCGUAAAAAAUUUAAAUUGAUAGUUUUUUCAUUUGGUUCAUCAGAAAAAAAUAAUGAAGAAGUAAAGUUGGCUACAUGGGACAAUAUUUUUGAAUUAAUGUUGCGCGUAUAUCCCGAAAUUGAUCCAUCAAUUUGGGAAUCUUAUAAAAAUGAUCUUUAAAGUUCUAAUAUUUUGAGAAGGAAACCGUCCCGAAAGCUGAAAUUUUCAGAGUGCUGCAACUAUAUACACACCUCUCUUUUGCCGAAGUUGCAGCUUGAAAUAUCGAUGAUCGAUAUUCUGGUAGAUACCUUGCUAUAGGCACAAAUUUUAGUAAAACAUCUAUAACUGUAGAUAAAAGGCUCAUGGGGACAAGUCCUCUUGAGCUUUCUCAUACUUUAUUGAGGGCUACGUAUUACCAAAAGAUGAGACCUAAAUCCAUUAAUCACCUUGGGCGGUUUCCUCGUGUGAAGAAAUAUGAAAAACAUUCAAGCGAAACGAAAGGAGAAAGAGAUAUAAACAACUACUAUGCACUUUAUUUUUUCGAAAGGUUAUUUGUGAUUCUAACUUACCAAGCAAUAACCAUGGACGAAUAUAUUCGAGCAUUUCAAUCUGGUGCUAAAACAUUACCGGAAUCUUUCGAUUUAAGAGGCAUCUAUGGUCGUAUUACUAAAGGUAAAAAAGACUCGGAUUUUGAUCGUCUAUCAGAAGACUCAAAUAAACGUCUUUCCUGGCUUGUGGAUCAUGAUACUCUACGUAGUUUUCUUGGUAAAUCUCAUUUGGAGUUAUUGAUUAGUUCGGGACACUCAAUUGAAUACGUUCGUCAUCAACUUAGUAGUGGUAAAAAAUUUAAAUUGAUAGUUUUUUCAUUUGGUUCAUCAG